AUGGACAAAGCUAACUACAUCGGGGAAGCAGUGCGUCAGCUCUCUGAUGAGAGAUUUUAUAAGAAGCUAGACUAUGACCCUACUUCCGAGUUUAGCUCCAAAAUUAUCACUGCGUUACAAACCAUGUACAAUGACGGUCACAUAGAUGAGGAUACAAUUGGUUAUUUAAAGCCAGAGAAUGCCAAGCCUGGUCGAUUGUAUCUUCUUCCCAAAAUACACAAGGUUAACAACCCUGGUAGACCCAUUGUAUCCGCAAACGGCCAUCCGACUGAGAAAAUCUCGGAAUACGUCGAUUUUCAUUUAAGAUCUCAUGUAGAAAAUCUUCCUUCCCACAUUCAAGACACUACAGAUUAUCUUCGUAAAAUGGAAUCCAUGAACCCUCUUCCUCCGGAAACCCUCCUUUUCACUUUAGAUGUCACCUCAUUGUAUACCAACAUACGUCAUGAUGACGGCAUACAAUCUUGUAGGGAAAUAUGGGACUCGCGCAACAUUUUAGAACCACCUACUGAAUGUUUAGUCCAGCUGCUUACUCUGGUCCUGAAAUGCAACAAUUUCACCUUUAAUGGUGAGCAUUACCUUCAAAUUAACGGGACAGCGAUGGGGACGAAAAUGGCACCGUCUUACGCCAAUAUUUUCAUGGGCAAAUUAGAAAAACAUAUUAUUGCAACAUCUUUAUCCAAACCUUUGUCUUGGUUCCGUUUCAUUGAUGAUGUUGACAUGAAAUGGAUUGAAUCUCAACAAAAACUGGAUGAUUUCAUCAGACAUGCAAACAACGCCCACCAUUCAAUUAAAUUUACGUAUGAAAUUUCCGACUCUAAGAUAUCUUUCUUAGACACAACCACAUCUAUAAAGGACGGUGUCAUAUCAACAGACCUCUACUGUAAACCCACAGAUAAACAUCAAUACCUUUCUCCCCAAAGCUUUCACCCAAAACACUGUACAAAAAGUAUACCGUACAGUCAAGCUCUCAGAGUCAAGCGGAUUUGCUCCUCUGAGGAGGCUGUCACGAAACGGUUACAGGAACUUCGCGGAUUUUUGACAAAACGAGGUUAUAAGAAAUUGGACAUAGAUAAGGGCAAUGGAGUUAAUGGAAUCAAGAAGGAUCUGUCUUACAUCUUUGUACUUAGGGCAAAUGAAAAAGAAAUGUUUGUUAUCCUCAACAGGGUAAUUACAGUUUACACAAACAGUGUUCUCUGA